GAGUCCGCGAGUUCUGAUGUGCGAGGGGUUUCACCACGGUUUGGAUCGCAUGGCCGUGUUAGCGCCGCGCCAAGACGUUGCGGCAACCGCAGCACCUGCAUUUUCUUCGUGAGCGCGCAGCAAGCACGCAGGCUGAAAGACAAACGCACCCACCCGCCCGCCGACUCCCCGCUUCCCUUUUACCGGCGCCGCAAACAGACGACCAGCGCUCCGCGACUGCUCUCUUACUAAUUCGCCCGGUGCGAUCCCAGAAGCCCCGCCUCGCUCGACUCUCCACCACCCACGCCCGACCGCAACCUUUCCUAUCCGCUGCCACUCGCUGUCGGCACACUCUUCUCCACAACCCGCUCCACAUAUCCAUCCGUCACAAUGGCCGACGUCGCGACCGCGCCCAACCCGAACCAGCAGGUUCCCCUCGAUACCAUCCCCAUCUCUCCGUCCGAUGAGACCUCCAGCGAGUCCAAGGAGCCGGGCUCCACUGCUGCCACGUCCGACGGCGACAUCAGGACCGUUUUCCACGACCCCGAGAACUUCAAUGUCAAGCACCCGCUCAUGAACACAUGGACCCUGUGGUUCACCAAGCCGCCGAGCGGAAAGGGCGACAACUGGAAUGAGCUGCUGAAGGAGGUCAUUUCUUUCGAUUCGGUCGAGGAAUUCUGGGGAAUCUACAACAACAUCACGCCCACUUCAGACCUCGCAUUGAAGUCAGACUACCACCUCUUCAAGCAGGGCGUGCGCCCUGAGUGGGAAGACGCCCAGAACAAGCACGGCGGCAAGUGGGCCUUUCAGUUCAAGGACAAGAAGGCCGUCAACAUCGAUGCCCUGUGGCUGCACGUUAUGCUCGCUGCCAUCGGCGAGAACCUAGAGGACGAGGACGACAACGAGGUGAUGGGUGUCGUUGUCAACGUUCGCCGUGGAUUCUACCGUAUUGGUCUCUGGACGCGGACAGUCGGCAAGGCUCUCCCCAAUGAUCAGAACAAGGGCCGCUCCUUCGAGCAGGGUAAGGAGACGCUCAGCAAAAUCGGCAAGCGGUUCAAGCAGGCUUUGCAGCUCAAGGAGAACGACCCGGUUGAGUUCUCUGGACACACGGAUGCUGCCCACGCCGGUAGCACCCGUGCGAAGGCCAAGUUUGUUGUCUAAAAGCGCUCGAAACGGGUGUGGAAUGGCUCUUGGUUUGGAAGCUGCUGGAUACCACGCCGAGUGCGGUAGUCGGUUCCUCGACAGCAGCGUGGCCCGGGAGUGUUUCUUUGGUUAUGCCGUCUACAUGAUUUCCUUUGCACGGGUUCAGACAAAAAGUCGGUGCCGGUACAUGUUGGCUGGUUGGUUCUAGCAUGGCGUCUACGUAGCAUGGGCGGCGAUGGGUGUGACAUUGGGUUUUAGCAUGAUUUACGGGCACCCCGAGUAUACCCUAAGAUCAGGGGGGUGGGUUGUGCUGGCGAGACGACAGUGUCUUAGGCAAAUAUGACUACGAUAGAAGCCAUGGCUGC